GCUUCUGGGGUGUACUAUCGACGGAGAUCCAUAUCUCUAGGGGCCCGGACGCCCGUAGAAGUUAAUUUCAUUCAGUCAAAAUCUACAGGUUGGUAGAACAAGUUGCUACUUCCUGGUCUCUAAUUUGUUAAGACUCAGCAAAGAUAGCCUAGGAUGUCGCACCUUAGGGGUUUGGGGCGACUGCUGAUCGCCGUGACGUUCUUCACAUGCGGCUUUUUCGUAAAUAUUGGCCAGUUUUUGCUGAUCCUGCUGGUCAAACCUUUUGACAAGAAACUUUCCCGGAGUCUUAUGUACUAUCUAAAUUACUCUUUCUAUUGCAUCCUGGUCUGUGUGGCGGAAUGGUAUGCUGGUAGCAAACUGAGGGUCUACAUCGAUCCCGAGGAUGAGAAGAAGUUCUUUGGCAAGGAGCAUGGAUUACUGCUCAUGAACCACACCUACGAGAUUGACUGGCUGACCGCCUGGAUGAUCACCGACAAGCUGGGAAUUCUGGGAGGAACCAAGGCGUACGCCAAGAAAAUGCUCCGCUACGUUCCCGUCAUGGGAUGGGUCUGGUGGAUGGCCGAGUUCAUCUUCCUGGAUCGCAACUUCGAGAAGGACAAGGUGGUGAUCAAGACACAGUUGACGGAGGUGUUUUCCUAUCCGGAUCCAGUUUGGUUGCUCCUAAAUGCUGAGGGUACCCGCUAUACUGCGGCCAAGCACGAGCUGUCCGUUAAGUUCGCCCAGGAACGAGGUCUUCCCGCUCUUAAGCACCAUUUAAUUCCACGCACCAAGGGAUUCACCACCAGUCUGCCCACCAUGCGCGGCAUUUGUCCUGCCAUCUACGACAUCAAUCUGGCCUUCAAAAAGAAUGCUGAGCCAAGGCCUACAAUGCUGUCCCAGUUGAACGGCGAGCCGGUGGAGCCGUACAUGUACAUCCGUCGAGUGGCUUUGGACAAGGUUCCCGAUGGUGAAAAGGAGGCUGCCGCCUGGAUGCAAGACUUCUUUGCCGAAAAGGACAAGAUCAUCGACAGUUUCCACGAAACCGGUAGCUUCUUCAAGAACUCUGGCGUGAAGGAGGUUCCCGAGAAGAUCUACAAGCCGCGUUUAAGCACUCUGCUCAACUUCUUGGGCUGGGCCUCUGUGUCUGUGCUGUGCAUUUUGAACUAUUUGGUAACCUCCUUGGCUGCGGGCAACUGGAUCGGUUUCAUCACAGUUUUAUCAAUCUUGGGAGGAUUCUAUGGCCUGAUGGAAUAUGCUGUUAAUGCCUCGAAGAUCAGCAAGGCUUCUACUUAUGGCGCAACUCCUAAGAAAUAGAUUAUUGUUAAAGAGUUUUAUAAACUCGGGGACAUUUUAUGAAGAUGAAUUUGAUUUAAUCGUUACUCGACUGCAAGUGCCUAGAAAUAUUAUGUACAUUGAGAAUAAUGUACAGAAAACAAGGAAGUAAACUGAAUAAAAUAAUAUAUUAAAUGAA